AUGACCUCCAGAAGCCACAACUCCCUGCCGAGAACUCUGAUGGCUCCACGAAUGCUUUCGGAAGGUGCCCUGGGGGGCAUCGCGCAGAUCACUCCCUCGCUGUACCUGAGCAGGGGCAGCAUCGCCUCCAAUCGGCACCUGCUGCUGUCCAGGGGCAUCACCUGCAUCAUCAACGCCACCAUCGAGAUCCCCAACUUCAACUGGCCCCAGUUCGAGUAUGUGAAAGUGCCUUUGGCCGACAUGCCCAACGCCCCCAUCUCUCUCUACUUCGACAGCGUGGCCGACAAGAUCCAGAGCGUGGCGCGGAAGCACGGAGCUGCCCUGGUGCACUGCGCCGCUGGCGUCAGCAGGUCGGCCACGCUCUGCAUCGCCUACCUGAUGAAGUACCACAAGGUGACCCUCUUCGAGGCCUACAACUGGGUCAAGGCCAGGCGCCCUGUGAUUCGGCCCAACGUGGGCUUCUGGAGGCAGCUGAUAGACUACGAGAGGAAGCUCUUUGGGAAGACCACGGUCAAAAUGGUGCAGACCCCCUAUGGCAUCAUCCCAGACGUUUACGAGAGGGAGCGCAGACCCCUGAUGCCUUACUGGGGAAUCUGA